GUGUAUGACGAACUGCCCGACCCUCAUUGUGACUGUGGGACUUCCAGCCCGAGGGAAGACUUACAUUUCAAAGAAGCUUACACGCUACUUAAACUGGAUAGGUGUGCCAACCAAAGAGUUCAAUGUUGGCCAGUACCGGAGAGAGAGUCUGAAGAUCUACAAAUCCUUUGAGUUCUUCCGUCCAGAUAAUGAAGAGGGAUUAAAAAUCAGACGAAUCGAGGCGAUUUGCUCAGGUUUUAAAAGGGUUAAUUGACCAAUAUCAACCAAAAAAAUAACGUAUAAACAUCUUGAAAUGAAGAACAAUAUACCAACACCAGUAGUGGCCUGCUUUCUCUGGAGCUGAAUCCACUGAUGAGGCUCCUUUUUGCUUGAUUUAACACAACCCUCCGAGGCUGCGUGGCCAUCAGCCAUAACGACAGUUUGUGAAAUGUCUCAUCAGCACUGAUUAAUCAGCUUAACCAAUUAAUCAGUUGUCUUUUAAUACUGUUUAUACCAUGGUCUGGCUGAAUACUCAAUUCUGAUUGGCUGCAGGGUGUCCGUUAAAAAGUGUUAUAGGACAGCUUAAAAGACGUUGCAGUCAAAUUGCCUGAUGACAGGUUCGAAAUUAUUGCGCUGGCUCAACUGCUAGUUUGUAACCAUAGCAACAGAGAGUCAGAGCAGAGGCAACGGAUUACAAUGGGCAUCAUGAGUGAUUUUAUCGUUUAAUUUAUUUGGUGAAUUUGAUAAAUUUGAUGACAGGGAUGCAGAAGAGAGGUUAGAGAAUGAAAAGAAAAGGGAGAAAUGGCACAAGGAGGUGACACCGGAAGAAAUAAAUAAUUUAGAAGAUGAGACACCUGGAAACUCAUCAGAUCAUGACCGUCAUGGGACAUCGGUGUGAGAGCAGCCUGCAGGCUUAUUGGGCUCCGUCAGCGCAGGAGAGACGAGACUGGAGCAACAUCUUG